CCGGAGGGCCGGAGGGCGGGUGGAGGAGCGAGCGGAGCCGGCGCCCGCGGAGCUGCUGGGGGGAGCGCUCGCUGCCUCGCCGCUGCCGCUGCCUCUGCGCUGCGCUCCGGCCGCGCCGCUCGCCGUGGCCCGUGGAUGGGGGUGUCCCGCUGAGUCCCGUGAGCCGCCUCCUUCCGCCAGGACCCGCACAGAUCAACGACUCUCGAACAGUGCAGUUGUUCUGUUGCUAAGCAAUAAUGGAGGCCCCACUGGUGAGUUUGGAUGAAGAGUUUGAGGACCUUCGGCCCUGCUGCUCAGAGGACCCGGAGGAGAAGCCACGGUGUUUCUAUGGCUCAUCUCCCCACCAUCUAGAGGACCCCUCCCUCUCUGAGCUUGAGAAUUUUUCCUCUGAAAUAAUCAGCUUCAAGUCCAUGGAGGACCUAGUGAAUGAAUUCGAUGAGAAGCUCAAUGUCUGCUUUCGGAACUACAAUGCCAAGACGGAAAACCUAGCUCCAGUGAAGAACCAGUUUCAGAUCCAAGAGGAGGAGGAAACCCUGCAGGAUGAGGAGGUUUGGGAUGCGCUGACAGACAAUUACAUCCCUUCACUCUCAGAAGACUGGAGGGACCCAAAUAUGGAGGCUCUGAAUGGCAACAGCUCUGACACUGAGGUAAUCGAGGAGAUUGAAGAAAUGAUGCAGAACUCCCCAGACCCUGAGGAGGAAGAGGACGCUCUGGAAGAGGAGGACGGGGGAGAAACCUCCUCCCAGGCAGACUCGGUCCUCCUGCAGGAGAUGCGGGCUUUGACCCAGACCUUCAACAACAACUGGUCCUACGAAGGGCUGAGGCACAUGUCUGGGUCUGAGCUGACGGAGCUGCUGGACCAGGUGGAGGCCGCCAUCCGAGACUUCUCGGAGGAGCUGGUGCAACAGCUGGCCCACCGGGACGAGCUGGAAUUUGAAAAGGAGGUGAAGAAUUCCUUCAUCACGGUGCUUAUUGAGGUGCAGAACAAGCAGAAGGAGCAGCGAGAACUGAUGAAAAAGAGGAGGAAAGAGAAAGGGCUGAGCCUGCAGAGCAGCCGAAUAGAGAAGGGAAACCAGAUGCCUCUCAAGCGCUUCAGCAUGGAAGGCAUCUCCAACAUUCUGCAGAGCGGCAUCCGCCAGACCUUUGGCUCUUCAGGGGCUGACAAACAGUAUCUGAACACAGUCAUCCCCUAUGAGAAGAAAGCCUCGCCUCCAUCCGUGGAAGAUCUCCAGAUGCUGACAAACAUUCUCUUUGCCAUGAAGGAGGAUAAUGAGAAGGUGCCCACUUUGCUAACGGACUACAUUUUAAAAGUGCUCUGUCCUACCUAACCCUGCCCUCUGGAGCAGCCUCGCUGCGGAGGUCACUGAGCACGAGUCUGUCCAUCACAGGGACUGCAUGACACUACGUAACCUCCGACGUGUAUUUAAACAUGUAUAGCUUAACCUGGAUUAAACCUGAGCAAACGCGCGGGACCCUUUGCUGUUGGCUUCUAGUCCUAGUAACCGUUGGAUGCAUGAUCGAGGGGCAGGGCUGGUGACGGCGCCUCCUCUCCGCCUGUGUUGGAGGAAGGUGGGCGUGCUCACUGCUCAUUGUGUAGUCUGGCUCCAGCCCUCAAAAACAGCUUACUCUCUUAAGACUAAUUUUGAAAUAAACCUUCAUUUAAUUAAUA